AGAAAGAACAAAGAGGUAAUAUUAAAAAGAUGGCAGGAGGAGCUUUUGUAGCAUCUGGAGGAGGAAGACAUCAUGAAGGAGAGGUUACGGCCUUUGUGUUGGUGACAUGUUUUGUGGCUGCAAUGGGAGGUCUUCUCUUUGGUUAUGACCUUGGCAUUACCGGAGGAGUGACUUCCAUGGAACCGUUCUUAAUCAAGUUAUUUCCGUAUGUGUAUAAACAAAUGAAAGAUGAAUCAGACACCGAGAGUCAAUAUUGCAAAUUUGACAAUCAACUCCUCACAUUAUUUACCUCUUCCUUAUACCUUGCAGCAUUGGUAGCCUCUUUCUUUGCUUCAAUUACAACAAGAUUACUUGGACGUAAACCUUCAAUGUUUUUAGGUGGUUUGUUUUUCCUUCUUGGUGCAUUGAUAAAUGGUUUUGCUAUCAAUGUUGCAAUGCUUAUAAUUGGUCGUUUGUUGCUCGGUUUUAGGGUGGGGUACUGCAAUCAGUUUGUUCCAGUAUAUUUAUCUGAAAUGGCUCCAACAAAGAUUAGAGGAGCACUUAAUAUGGGCUUCCAAAUGAUGAUUACAAUUGGCAUCUUAAUUGCAAACCUUAUCAAUUAUGGGACUUCCGAGCACGAAAAUGGAUGGAUAAUUUCCUUGGGUGUAGGAGCUGUGCCUGCAAUUUUAUUGUGUUUGGGAUCUCUUUUCUUGGGUGACACACCUAACUCCUUGAUUGAGAGAGGUCAGCAUGAAAAUGCUAAGAUAAUGUUGCAAAAGAUUCGCGGUACUAAGAACGUUGAGGAGGAGUUUCAAGAUCUUAUAGAUGCAAGUGAACAAGCUAAAAAGGUGGAACACCCAUGGAAGAACAUUGUACAACCAAAAUAUAGACCACAACUAACUUUUUGUAGUUUAACUCCUUUUUUCCAACAAUUCACUGGCAUUAAUGUUAUCAUGUUUUACGCACCCGUCCUCUUCAAGACUUUGGGAUUCGGUAAUGAAGCUUCCCUUAUGUCAGCGGUCAUUACUGGAGGAGUAAAUGUAGUUGCCACACUUGUUUCCAUUUUCACCGUAGACAAGUUUGGAAGAAAGAUCUUGUUCAUUGAAGGUGGUGCCCAAAUGUUUAUUUGCCAGAUUUCUAUUGGAGGAAUGAUUGCUGCAAAGUUUGGACUAAGUGGUGAAGGCUUGUUAACUAAAGGAGAAGCCAAUCUCCUUUUAUUUUUGAUAUGUGCCUAUGUUGCAGCUUAUGCUUGGUCUUGGGGUCCAUUGGGUUGGUUGGUUCCUAGUGAAAUAUGUUCUCUUGAAGCUCGAUCCGCAGGUCAAGCUAUUAAUGUUGGCGUGAACAUGUUAUUUACAUUUUUCAUUGCACAAAUCUUUCUCACAUUGCUUUGCCAUUUGAAGUUUGGCCUCCUCUUCUUUUUUGCUGGCUUUGUCCUUAUCAUGACUAUCUUCAUAGCCUUGUUCUUGCCUGAGACAAAGAAUGUUCCUAUUGAAGAAAUGAAUAGAGUGUGGAAGUCACAUUGGUUCUGGGCUAAAUUCUUUUCUGACGAAGGUGUUGUUGGCAGGCAUGAACACAACACUUCUCAUUAAAGUUUAUUAAGAUGUAAUUUUCAAAUUAUCAAAGGAUGAAUGA